UUGUGAGAUUCAACUGGUAGUGUUAUUGCCAGUUGAUUAUAUCGCGUUUAUCGCUAAAGCUAUAAAGUAAAUGUUGACUCCGAUAACGUUGUGCUCUGUCCGUAAAAUAAUCUUUAUAUUUACAGAGGUAAUACUAUUCUACCAAUCGGAGAUAUUACUAUAAUACCAAUCGGUGUGCGCUUUGACUCAUGCGUUUUAGCCAUUUCAUUAUGAAUAUUUUUCCUGAAAAUAUAAGUAUGCACGACUCUGUAAACAUAAACCCUCAGUUAAUAAUUUAUUGCUUUUUACUUUAGAAAACUUAUUCGGAAUCAUUAUUAGAUCCGGAAAUAUUACCGUAGACAAACCGUAGAGAACCCUUCAAACGGACCAUCUUCGGUUGCAAAAACCUCUUUGCAAAAUGGCCGAUGACGUUUUGUCUAUGUCUAAAGAAUAAACUAUUUUUGGAGAACGCUUAACUCAAACUAGUUCAAAUUUUUAUCUUAGAUAGUACUCAUAGCAAGACAGCUCUGGUAAAAAUUUAAGCUCAUUAGCAUUUGAUUUGACGGAGUUAUAGCAUAAGCAAAAGUUUCGACUGAAAAAUCGCUUUUUCUCCGUAUUUUACGACCUUUUUUGCAAGCACUCUAGCGGCAAGGGAAAGCAUUUUGGAAAAAAAGAUCAAGAUACAAAAAUGUUCAGGACACAUUUCUCUAUCUGCUCUGAUAAUUUGAGAAAAAUCAGUGACAGUGCAUUGAGCAACUUCGUUCGUCUCUAUCGUGCACUGCCUCCUAUAUAACAGAUGACUUUCGAGUCUAGCUCACUAUGUGCGUUUUUUCCAAUCUCAAGUUCAAACUUUUUUAUCGAAAGAUACACCAUGGUAGACCUUCUUCGGAGGCCGGGUUUUUUGAUAGAUCGACGCGCCCUGGUGUCUACUUUAAGAAACUGAAAACCGCAGGUGUCUAGCUUUUUCUGUUGCAGGGAUAUUAGAACGGAGUUCGUUAUUCAUUGGAACAGAUAGUAGUAACCACUUGUUUUAGCUCUCUAUUAUUAUCUGCGAAAAAGAAUUUCUUUGAUCGACUUUAUACAUAAGCUUGCCAUUUGCUUUACAGUCAAAUUUAUCUAGAAUCUUUGAACUCUGAUCUUACAUGUUUCCUCAUAGGCAAUAACUGGCAAAUUUAUACCAAUUAAACAAUUUUUUUAUUUCCAUUCUAUUGAAUGCUUACCAGAGAAUGUGUUUAUGGCAUCCACGGAUGGUACGAUAGUCGAUUUACCACAAACCAUUGACCAAACGUCAAUAAACGAGUCAUACAAAACUUCACGAUAUUAUUCACAAGAGAUUGUAUUUGGUCGAGAUUUUCAACAUAAACUCGGAACAGCAAAAUAUUUUGUUGUAAGUAUAUUAAUACAAGCUUCAUUUAUUGCAUAUCUAGUUUACUCACAUUUUAAUCUUGAUUCAAUUAUUGAAAAAGUUCGUGAUGAUUAUGAACAGCUGUCACUAGUUGAAACGGUUUUCUUUACAAAUCCGGUUUAGUCGUCAAUGUUAAUGUCAAACAGACGUAUAUAGCUUAAGUGACUAUGUUGUCUAUAAUUAUCACGAACGUUUUUCAAUAGUUCGAUCAGGGUGAGAGUAGAUAAAUCCAGAUAUGCUCUAUGUGGAUCCAAAAAUACUAUUAUUAUACAUAAACGGAUGCUUGUACGAUAAGUUCUUUUAUCGGUUGGCGCUGGAGCUAUUGGUUGUGAAAUGUUAAAAAAUUUUGUUAUGAUGGGUAUUGGAUGCGAAGAAAAUGGUGCUAUCUACGUUGCUGAUAUGGAUAGUAUUGAGAAAUCAAAUUUGAAUCGUCAAUUUCUGUUUAGGAAUUGGAAUAUAGGGGUAUGAGAUAACUUUACACUGCUAAAUUAACUUGAAGCUUGGACAAAUCAAAUGUACUCUUCUGUUUUUAUAGCAAAUGAAAUCGAAAAUAGCAGCCGAAGCAGUAAAACAAAUCAAUAAUGUUGUGAAUAUUUAUGCGUUUAUUGAAAGUGUUGAUUCAUCUACUGAAAACAUUUUUGAUGAUCAAUUUUUCGAAUAACUAGACUGUGUCGUUCAUGCUCUUGAUAACAUUAACGCGCGUGAGUUUAGCUACGACUGAUAUUAAAAGUCUUCUUUGAUGUCGAUUACAAUUUUUGCUGAGCAUUAAACAAAUCUCUUUUGAUGACUCAGAUGGUGUUACUUCGACUUUUAAAUCCAAAUUUCAGAAAUGAGCUUUUCUUUAGCAAUAGUUUUAAAAAAUUGAGCUAUACAUUCCUGUACUUACCUGGAAUAUGCAAAGUUUCCAUAAUCAAAACUGUCAGUAUAGAAAAACCACUACUUAAAAUCUGUAAGAGGAAAAGAAGCUAUUCUUCUUAAGAGAGGUUCCGUGAGAAAAUCAAGAAAGAUGGAAAAUGACGAUGAAACCUUUGGACAUAAAAUCUUUUAAUGCGAUUUUUUGAUUCUUCAACAAAAUUUACUUGCACACUCAACGCAGUUUAGGACAUAUAUCAUACUUCACUACGAAUAGGGUCCGAAGAUUUUUAAUUUCUGCCGAUAUUAAAUUCAUGAUUUGUUUCAAUCCUUCUGGUGUUGUUUAACCAACAGCACUUUCUGAACGUAGCGCUGAUCCGCCUAAAUAAAACAAGGACAUUUCUUAUAAAUAUGUUAUAUCAGCACGGGAAGUGUUCAUACUGAUAUAAACUAAGGUCAUUGAAGGUCAGUCGUCAAGAGCAUAUUUCUUCUAUUAUCUCUGUUAAACAUUCUAUCGCUGCCUUUUUUCUAGCUACUCCCUUUUCCUCUCAUAUACAUUUUGUUAUUUUAAACUAAAAUAUAAUUGGACACCAAAACCACGGAAUGAUAUAGACGAAUUUUCAUUCUCAUUUUGAAUUCUCAUUUUUCGCGAAGUUUCUGUACUAACAGUUUUAACUAUAGAGACUUUCAAUAUACCAGGUGAGUACAGGAAUUAACUUCGAUUUAUAAGUUUAGUUCAGCCGUUUAAGCGAUGAUUUUUUCUCACAAAAUAUCGAUGAUUAUAAACUAAUAGAAGCGUAAUUUUCUUUAUGCAGGUCAAUAUGUAGCUCGCCGUUGCAUUGAUUAUCGUAAACCAUUGGUCGAUAGUGGCACGUUGGGAACAAAAGCAAGUGUACAAGUUGUCGUUCCUUUUUUAACAGAAUCUUAUUCACCAAAGAAAGAUCUUCCAGAACAAUUAAUACCGAUGUGCACAUUAAAACAUUUUCCAUAUUUAAUUGAACAUACAAUUGAGUGGGCACGAGAUCUUUUCGAUGGUUUAUUUACAAAUCCGAUAAAGUUAGCCAAAGAAUAUCAAAAAGAUCCAAAGUUAGUUGUUGAACGCAUUAAAAAAUUAAAAAUGGCUCAAAAAGAAGAAGAAAUUAGAAAUAU